CUCAACUCCUAGUGUAUGAUGACUUGUUGAGAGGCAAGGUUCGCCACACGCAAGAGUAACUCCUUCACAGCCCAACAUUCUGAUGGUCUUUAUUAGAGGAGUUCAGUCGCCCCUCUCUCUCGAUGUCUGUCCAAAUUCAACUCGACGACAACAAGAGCUCGUACACAAAUCUUGACUUCAUUAACGGGCGCAUAGUGUUGAGCCUUGGCCAUGACGAAAGUGUAUCUGCAGUCGUGGUCAAGCUAGAAGGAGAGAGCAAGUCGGCCAUUGAAAGGGCACAAGGAACGGGUCGUUAUCCGAGCAGCGCACUAGUAACCAAAAAUGAUCAACGGGCUGGGUUUCAACGGCAAGGGGUGGCAACGGAGAAGCACAAGAUUUUAUAUGAAGUCAGUCAAGUAUUUCCAAACCAAAAUUCGACUGCAGGAGGUGGAAAGACGACAGAUCCUGUUUAUACCUUGAGAGCUGGCCAGCACGAAUACCCCUUCAAGUUCAAAAUCCCACUUGAGAACGGCUGUUCGCACUUGCCAUCUCGUGAAAAUCGUCCGAACUACGACCCGGGAGCUUUUUGGGAAGAAGAAGGGCGACCACAUCUACCAUAUCGGCAUGUCAAAAGAGUACUGCCACCAUCCCUAGCGGGCUUAGGUAUUCAAGCGGAAAUCAGAUACUACAUCAAAGUCACUGUCCACCGCCCCUCGAGAUUUAAGGGAAACAAAAGAUCUGAACACCCUUUCAGAUUCAUCCCUUUGGAUCCACCCAAAAUCCUCACUUCCUCCAAGGAGGUCUAUGCUCGCAGGCCAUACAUAUUCCAGGCCGGCCCACGAGGGGAAGUUGAUGCCCGCUUGCCGAGUCCGGCAGUUCUGACUUGGGACCAGAACAUCCCGCUGCGGAUAAUAUUGCGGAAGUCAGAUGAGAAUGAGGAACAGUUAUACCUGGCAUUCCUGCAGCUCCGGCUAUUUGAUUUUACAGAGAUUCGGGCUAGCGAUGUAGUACGAGUAAAGACAAAUGCUCGGACAAUCUUAAGUCUAGAUGGUCUAGCUAUACCCAUCUGGGCUCCAUCGGAAAUGGAUACAAUGUUGGACUCUACGCUUUGGGAUCGCCUUCUACUACCUAGCACUGUGGAACCUUCAUUUGAGACUUGUAAUUUGAGACGGACAUAUGAUUUGGAAGUAGGAGUUGGAUUAGGGUACCGAGGCACACAGAAUGCACAAGCACAAACUGUAUUCGUCCCUCUCCGAUUUCAAAUUGAGAUCUUCUCAGGUACAGCUGCAUCUUUCUCUUCUGGGGAUGCCCAAUCCGAUGCCCCCUUGCCACCAACAUAUGACUUUUCUUCCGAGCCAGAAAAUAAUGCCACAGAGGAGGUUGACCCAGAUGAGCUUCCGGGAUAUGAGGAUGCAACGAGAAGUAAUACUUCGUAAUGCUAGUGUUCCAUGCUCUGCAAGGGAAGAAGCGGACGUAGCAGAUUUGAAUGGCAAGAAUGGGGAAUGAAGAAAAACCCAAAGUUGC